UAAUUAGCCUUUUUUAAAUGGUGUGAUGUAUUUUGGAUGCAGACAAACUACGGAGAUAUUGAAUUUGGUUUCUAUCCGACUGUGGCACCCCAAACUGUUGAACACAUCUUCAAACUUGUUCGUUUGGGAUGUUAUAACACCAAUCAUUUCUUCAGGGUUGAUAAGGGUUUCGUUGCCCAAGUGGCAGAUGUUGUCGGGGGAAGAACAGUUCCCAUGAAUGAAGAGCAAAAGGUGGAAGCUGACAAAACAGUUGUUGGUGAGUUUAGUGAUGUCAAACAUGUAAGAGGGAUUCUUUCCAUGGGAAGGUAUGCUGAUCCAAACAGUGCAGCAUCCUCAUUUUCAAUGCUUCUAGGAGAUGCACCUCACCUUGAUGGACAGUAUGCAAUAUUUGGGAAAGUUACCAAAGGUGAUGAGACUUUGAGAAAGCUUGAGCAACUCCCUACUCGUCGUGAGGGCAUCUUUGUAAUGCCAACUGAGCGCAUCACCAUUUUGUCCACGUACUAUUAUGAUACCAAGUUAGAAACUUGUGAGCAGGAGAAAUCAGUUUUGAAAAGAAGACUUGCUGCAUCUGCAGUUGAAGUUGAAAGACAGAGAAUGAGAUGCUUUCCAUAAUCCAACAAAUGAAAUGCUGCCCAAGAAGAGCAAUGUACAAACACAAGCAGCUGCCUGCAUAAUCCUCUUGUACCAUUAUCAUUUGGUUUUGUUCUUCAAUUAAGAGUACAAGUAUUGUCCGAGUGCUUAUAAGCUUUGACAUUCUUUGCAGGGUUUGUGUAAAUUUUCCUAACCAGCCUUCUCCGGCAUAUCCUCAGAGGCAGAUAGACAUAUGCCUGUGUAAAAAUUCGUACUUCUCAUGUAAGAAUUAAAUUUUUAUCUUAUGAGCCUUGUUAGCUAUUUCUGCACUUGAAUUCGGUGAACCUAAUCCACAAACUGAACUUAAAUCCAUCUUCAUGUCUGUCAUGACAAGUGCAACAUGUACUAUUUUGGCCUCCAUUCUGUGUCUCCCGUUUGACAGGAGGUCCACACUACUGAAGAAAAUAUUUUUUUGCGUCA